AUGGUCGGAAAACGGAAGAGAGAGACUGCUGUUGUCUCUCGGUCUACCAAAACCAAAGAGGCCAGCCCUGAACCGGCGAAUGACGCACAGGACAUUUUCCGCAAAUAUUUCGAGGCGCAAUUCGAACCCAUCGAAACCGACGUACCUUCCAAGCGCGAUGCCGAGGAACCGGAAUCUGGUGACGAUGAUAAUAUUGAGGAUGAUGAUGAGAUCUCAGAGCCAGAUUCUGAUUGGGAUGGGCUCUCUGGAGAGAGCGACGAAGAGAACGUGGUGGAAGUUGUUGAACACAAGGAUGCUAGUCUUGGAGCGAACGACUUGAUGGACAAGAAGGCGCGCAAGGCAUUUAUGAGCGCGAAACCCCCAUCUUCCGCGGAUGAGAAAAAGAAGACUACCAAGUCAACCAAGAAGGACAACUCGGACGACGACACCAAUGAUGCUCUGAAUCUAAAGCAUGACCUCGAUUUGCAACGACUACUUCGAGAAUCCCACCUCCUCGACUCGGCCUCGGAACUCGCGCCGACAGGUAAGAACCGACUGAAGGCUUUGGAUCUACGCAUGCAAGACCUCGGAGCCAAAGAAUCUCUCUACAAACAGAAGAAUAUGCCCGAUGCCUUCCGACAAGGCAUCAAAGCAAAGGCUAUUUCAAGGGACGAGAAGCGACGACGGGAGGCUAAGGAGAAUGGUAUCAUUCUUGAGAAGCCCUCCAAGAUCACCAAAUCAGACAACAAGCGGAGAGAGCGUGGUAUUGGAGGAUCUUCCAUUGGUAAAUUCUCUGGAGGUACAUUGAAUCUGAGCAAACAAGAUUUGCAUUCUAUGCAAAGCUCCCGGGGCCGCAGCAGCCGAGGCGGACGCGGUGGGCGUGGUGGGCGUGGUGGACGUGGCGGGAAGGCCAAAAGAGGUCGCUUCUGA